GCCGGAGGGGCCGUGCCGGGUAGGGAGCUGGGGGGACCGGAAGGAUGGCGAGGAAGUAGGAGAGGGUUUCCUGAGAUGAAAGAUUACUUCCGUCCGGGCUCUGGCCUCUCUCUGGAGCCGGCUCCUUGGGGGUUGGGGACCCGGGUGCGCGGGGUGCAGGCUCGGCCACCUGCAGCGCCCAGCGCGGGCGGGACGCGCUCUGCCCGGUCCGGGGGCUCACGCGGCGGCGGGGGGUGGGGGGUCCUUGCAGGUGGGAGUCGAAGCCUUCGCUAGCGCCCAAGCCAUGGUGGCCAAGCAGCGGAUCCGGAUGGCUAACGAGAAGCACAGCAAAAACAUCACCCAGAGGGGGAACGUAGCCAAAACCUUGAGGCCACAAGAAGAGAAAUAUCCUGUGGGACCAUGGCUGUUGGCACUGUUUGUUUUUGUUGUCUGUGGUUCAGCUAUCUUCCAGAUCAUUCAGAGUAUAAGGAUGGGCAUGUGAGGAGGCCCACCCUCCGGAGACUGGAGGACCAUGUGAGUUGAUAGUCAGGUAGGAUGCACACAAGCCACAGACUAGAAGAGGACGCCUAGAAACAAAGGCUUCUGACAGC